CAAGUACUCCUUUUUGCGAAAGCCACAAAUGUAUUUUUAAAAUGAAAAUUGGCUAAUAGAGCAAUUUUAUUUCUUUAUUUUUUUAUUUUUUAAAACUUGUGAAACAAUAGUAAGAGGGAUUUCUCUUAAGAUGAGCUGGUGGUCAGCUGGUACUCUGAAGCCUGCAUCUUAAUAGCCUUUGUGGCUUGAAUCUGUGUCUGUCAGGUUGAAAUAUCAUGCCCUGAGAUGGGCUGGAGGCACUGUCACUUGUGAGUCUCACAGUAGAAGAGAACUCUGAGCAAACAAGCCCUUUGGUCUAUUACCAGACCGUGGUCUCCAGUGUUGCUGCAGAUUGAGACAUUUUGCAGUGUCUAGCUCAUGAGUAUUACACACAGGCCCUGUGAACCAACAGAAAGGUCUGGCUCUGUGUUGAACUUGGCUUUGAAGACACAAUUACCUUUUAAAAACCUGUGGGCAUCAAAUUUCCAUGGAAUAGAUGUGGUGGCCAGCCUUAGCCGUUUGGUACUGUUGAUAUCGGAGAAGGUAAAAAAGGAGAAGUUGCCAGUAGCUGUUAUGGCCCAGUCGGGACAGGCUAUUAUAGGAUUGUUCCCUAUGUUAUCUAAUCCAGUCCAAUUCUUGUCUCAAGGUCUGAGGCUUCCAUUUACUUCCUUUGGGCAACCCCUUCCUGAUGCUCCUGCAGAAUGAAAUAUUUUACAACCCGAGCACUGAGUUUUUUGGGAGGAGCUGGAGCAGAAUGCGAGUCUUUAUGAGGUGACCUCUUUAAACUGUCUGCAGAAUGGAAGAGCUGGUGCUCCCAAUAAUCAAGGGAAGCUUCUCAGUAGAGACAGCUGAUCAGUCUAGACCUACCUUCUCUCAGUUUCUUCCCAUUACCCCUUCUUAUACCCAUUCCUUCCAGUCUAACCAAUUCUGACUCCCUGGAUGUUUCAAGUCCUAAGAGAAAUGUCUGCCAAUCCCAGUGAAGAUUCAAGCCAGACUGGCUUUUUUUUCCUCCCCACCCUUCUUUAAAAACAUCUUAAGUCAAGGACAAGCAUCCCUACAAAUAAGGUAAACAGCUUUAAUUUUAUAACAUUUCCAAGUGCUAGAUGCAACGCCAAAAAUAGAACAGAAAAACUCCUUUGAAUCGGCCCUCCCUCCUUUAUAGCACAUUGGCCUCUGAAUUUUUCUCAAGGGAGGUGUGUUCUGCAUUGUCAACCCAAGGUCACUUUGUUUGAACGGGAGAUGCAGUCCUCCCCUUACAUAAGUGUUUCGAGGGAUGCACUCGAGUAACUCUAGCCUCAGAGUUUAGAGCUGCUCAGAGCUGGAACAUGAGGCCCAUGCUUGGAGUGGCUUUGCAGUGCCUGCUGCUGCUCCUCCCCUUGACUGCUCUGCCUAGAAAAGGAGGCAUUGGGGGAGGACUUUCACCUGCUGAAGAACUGGAAAUAACCUUUUCAAAGGAGUUGGGACUUGGAGAGGAGCAGAGAGAAAAGGAAGAUGAGCACAUAUAUGAAGGAGCAGAACCCAACUUAAUGGCAUUGACGUCCAAGGUCACAGGUGCUACUCAUCUUUUGAAGAGUGACAAGCCAGGAGAUGAUGUCAAAGGAGCAAAAUGCCAUCAGCUCAUCCCUGAGGAGGCAGUUUUCCCAGUUCUAGGGUCAGAUUCCAGCCUGCCCCCUUGGUCCAUGGGUGGGCUGGAAGGGCCAGUAUGCACGGUGAAAAUGGGCAGGAGGUACGGCUUGGGACAGAGUCACUUGGAAGUCGUGGGGGUCCUUACCAGCUACGAAAGCGAUUUCCUCAAGAUGGUGAGACAUUCAAGCUGGGAUCAAGGCCGGUUGGAGACCUUUGGGAUCUGUCCUGCUGGGGAGACCCAUUCUGCUCUCCUGUCUCUGAAACACAUCAGUGCUCACUUGGCUGACCCAGGGGAGAACAGGUUCCUUGUGCUGCAUCUUGAAGAAGUGAAGUGGGAUGCUGAGACAAAGCUCAGGUUUAAGCUGGCUUUUCAAGAGGACGUGGGGCUGUCACUUGGAGAGCUCCAGUCUGCCUUGCUGGUGUUUUAUCCUGGAAGUAGGGAAAGGAAGGGCAGCAAAGCAAGAGAGAAGCUCCUGGCAGCAGGAGAAGGGCUGCACCAGAAGCAGGUGGCGCUCUUAUCCCAUCAUCCAAACCGAGUGCUGUGGGAAAGACGGAAGGGAACAGGGAUCUGUGUGUGCAGCCAGAACCUCCCAUGCUCCUUGGCUCUCUGCCUCUCCAGAGACACCCGGUACCUGCUGCUUGGGGCCUCGGUGAUGUCUGCCAUCCGUUCACACGGGCAGCUCAGCUUUGACGUUUCCUUGGCAAUCAGGCGUCCUGGUGACGGAGGCUCCCUCCUGCCCCCCCUGGAGGCCCAGCAACUGCUCUUCGGUGCAGACGAGAAGUGUUUCACCAGGAUGACCCCAGCCUUGCUCUUGCUGGUGAAGCCGCGAUGCGAGGAAGACACCCCGUCCCCCUCUUCCUUCCUCUCGGUGGGCGGUGUGCUGGAGACGGUCCCUUACCCGCAGCCCAGCUCGCCCACUGGCAGCAAGGCCGAGGAGCGGGCCUCUAAUGCAGCUGCUGGCCAGGCCGAUGCUUCAUCCCCAGCACCCGGCAGCCACGACCAGUUCCUGGGCAGCCUGACCAGGUUUGUCAGCAGGGUCCUGAGCCCCUCAGGGGAGCCGCCUGCUGCCUCCGGCCUCCACCACUGGCUGGACUUCAAAACGAUGGAGACGCUUCCUCACCAGCUGCUCAACCUGUCGGAGCAGGCAGCCCUGGAGCGGCUGGUGCAGUCGGACGAGCCCCUGGUGCUCCUGUUCCCCCAGAACAGCCAGGCCCUGCUGGAGCAGCAGUUCGGGCACUGGCGGUUGGAGGGCAGCCUGCUGCAGCUGCUGCUGGAGAAGUUCCAGGCUGUCAUCCAGGAGCUGAGGGAGAUCCCAGCCUUUCAAGCCAACACUGACCUCUUCCAGCAUCUCCUGGCCUUCUGCUAUUACCCCCUGGGGUCGGGCAGCAGCGACCCCAAGGAGCUGCCCCGUGGCCACCGGAAGCUGCACACACUGCUGCUGCUCAAAGUCUUGCAGACCGUUCGCGCCCACUGGCAGGAGAAGAGGAAGGUGUCCCGGCAGAACCGCAGCGCUGGGCCCCAGGCCUGCUGCCGGCUGCAGGAGCUGACGGUCGACCUCCACUACGAGAAGUUCAUCGUCGUCCCCAAGAGAUACAUUGCCAACAACUGCGAGGGCCCCUGCCGCUUCCCGCUCUCCACCCGCAUCCCUGACUACUCCUCCCACACGGUGCUGCUGAUGGGCAUGCAGGAACGGGGCGCACCCCUGCGGCGCAGCCCCUGCUGCGUGCCAGUCAAAUACUCCGACAAGGAGAUCAUCAGAAUCACCACGGAGGGCAUUCAGGUCACUAUGUUCCCCAACAUGGUGGCAGAGGAGUGUGGCUGUCGGUAGAGAUGCCCGGCCUGUCCCGUCUCUCCCUGGCGUCCUUUGGCCUUCAGAGUUUGGAGGGAGGCGACUGAGCUGAGGCUGGGACCUGGGCUGUUGGCUCCACAGCUGCCUUUCCCCAGCAAUACUGGCUCCGUUGUUUCCCUCUGGCCCUGGUAGGUUUAUGGGCCUAUCGCGCUCCAGGAAGCUGAGGGCAGCCCCAGGUGUGUCUGCCCCCCUGGGCCCACAAUGGCAGCAGAGCGCAGGGGUGGCGCAAGUGACGUGUUCCUGGAGCUCAGAGGGCAGCAAUAGGCCAAAUCUGACCCCCCCCGCCCCCCUCCAGCUUUGUUAGAGGUGGGAUGUGGAGCAGCCAUGGUGGGCAGCAGCACCCCGGCCCCUCCCUGCCUGAUGCUUGUAUCUGCAGUUAUUUAUCCAUAUCUUAUGGUUUCGUUUCCCACAUUUAGUGCUGAGUGUGCUGAGGGCAGGGGGCGUGCUGGGGGAAAAUCUGUAACUGGGGGAGGGGGGAGUCUGAUGCAAACAUACUGGUGCCACUGAUGGAUGCUAUGGGCUAGGUUGGGUGCUGGGAUUCGCACACAGGCCACUUCAUCAUGGAAGCAGAGGUUCAAAUCCUGUGCUGAGAGGCAGUGCUAGGGUAGGGGCCUAGGGAAGGCUGGAAGAUCGGGCUGGUGGAGCACGGGGUGCUGCAGAGCAGGUGUGUGGUGCCUUGGGAGGGCAGGGCUGGGAUCAGGUGGGGGUGCUGCAGGCCAGCCAUGAGGGGCAUGGCACUGCUGUGGGUGAAGCUUGCCUAGCCUCUCAAUUCAACUCCAAAUCCACCCCAACAUUUGUGUGGCUGAAGAAAGGAAGAUGUGUGGGGCAAGCUAGGGGGUUGCAGUCUGCCCCAGGGAUCUAGCAGGGUGCUGUAGGGGCAGCUAACUCAGCCCCACACGGAGGGAGUGCGCUGUGGCUCUUUAGAGCAGGUUCUCAGCCCACAGACCGCUUGCAGACCAAUCAGCACACAGCUGCAGCCCGUGUGACAUCCUCAGGGCCAUACAGGGAGUGUAUAUAUUGUGUGGAUGCAGCCCGUAUAACACACAGAGAGCUGUAUAUGCAGCCCCCAAGGGUAAAUAGGUUGAGAACCAGUGUUUGGAGCAAUGCUUUGAGGAGGCGGCUCCUUGACAGAGGAGCGAGAGAAGGAAAGAUCUGCUGCUCAGCAGGGCUUUGGGGACCCUCCCUCACUUAUCACAGCUGGCUAAUCCCAAUGCUGGUGGGCGCACACCCCCUCCCCAGACCAGCCAGGGCUUUGCUUGGGUGCAGCUCACAGUCAGCCCCCUGGUGCAGAAUCCCCGAGUGACCCGGGGCCUUCUACAGCUCCAUGGAAGCUGAUAGGGAGCUCAGGUUACAGGCCUUUGCCACGCACCUAGUGCUCUGCUGAUUCGCCUAAAUUUUAUAAAAAUCUUGACCCGGAUUUGCUUUUGAAACCAUCCAGUUUAAUACAUUAUUAAAAAGGACAUUUUUGCUAACUCAGUAGAGGUCAGAAUAAACUAUUUACCUCAGCUGUUUGGGGCUGCA